UAUGCCAUGGCCUCAAGCCACACGUCUUCACCAGCGCCUCAGUCAAAGAGCGGUGACGCGUUCUUCAAGAAGGAAGCGGAUCCUGCCAAGCGCUUUCGACCAGUGCAGUCACUGCCAGACGUGUGUCCCAAGGAACCCACAGGUGACCCAAACAGUCUGUGCAACAGCCCGUCUUUAGUGGCCGAUCAACACCGAUGGACUAUUUAUCAUUCCAAAGUAAAUCUCCCAGCAGCCCUCAACGACCCCCGGUUAGCAAAAAGGGAAUCGGACUUCUUCACAAAGACGUGGGGAUUGGACUUUGUCGACACAGAAGUUGUGCCUUCGCUCUACCUCCCGCAGAUCAACAAGGAUCAUUUCACAGCGUACCAACUGGACAUUGUUCAGAGAGAGAAGAUUCAUGAGAAAUGCAAGACUGUUUGUCCUCCUAAAGAUACCUUCGACAGGACGCUGUUACAUACUCAUGAUAAAUCCAGGACGGACCUGGAGCAAGUACCUAAG